CCCGUCCACCACGCUCUCUUCCCGCAGCCCGGCGCCAUGCCCGCCGCCGCCGCCGCCUCGCGAGGCUCCUGCUCGCCGCUGCUCUUCUUCAUGGUGCCGUGGGUGGUGCUGUCGACGUUCAACGUCGGCUUCGGCAUCUCCGAGCUCAACCCGCUGCAGCGCGUGCUCACCUGCCGCGGCGCCGCGCCCCACGGCUGGCUGCCCGCCUGCUUUGCCCUCUCCGAGGCCGGCUUCGGCAUCCUCACCGCCCUCUUCACGCUCGGCGGCUUCGUCUCCUCGCUGCUCCUCUCGCCGCUGCGCGCCCGCUUCGGGCUGACGAAGCGCGCCACGCUGCUCGCGGCCACCGUCGUCGGCAGUGCGGGCGCCGCGCUGCAGGCCUUCUCGUGGAGCGUCGCGGCGCUGGGUGCGGGCCGCGCGCUGAUGGGCAUGGGCGCCGGUGUUGGCGUGGCCGUCGUGCCGGGCUAUCUCAACGACAUCUCGCCGCCGGCCCUGCGCGGCCCCGUCGGCGUCGCCAACCAGCUCUCCAUCGUGCUCGGCAUCCUGCUCGCCCAGGCGCUCGGCGUCAGCCCGCUCGGCAGCGCGCCCGCCGAGUCCAGCGCGCCGCAGCCCGGCGGCCUUGCGCGCUGGCGCUUCGUGCCGCUCUUCUCGCUCGGCGUGCAGCUGCUGCAGCUGCUGGGCGCCAGUCUGGCGUGCGAGUCGCCCGCCGAGGCGCCGGCGCACAAGCGGGUCGAGCUGCGCGCGCGCCUCGGCGCCGACGUGCACAGCGAGGGCGCCGCCGAGGAAGAGGAGGCGCUGCUGUCCUCGGAGCCGCGUAACGACACAGCGUGGCCAGCGGAGGAGCCGCUCGAGAUCCCGGCGCUGCUCAACAUCACGCUGCGCGGCGGCAAGGACGUGCGCGAGCGCGAGACGCGCCGCGGCGUCGUGCUCAUCAUGGGCACGCUCGUCGCGCAGCAGCUGAGCGGAGUGAACGCCGUAUUGUACUUCUCGUCGAGCAUCAUGGCGGACGCGCUCGGCGGCGGCGAGAACGAACGCAACGCAAAGCUCAUCGCGCUCGGCAUCACGGUGGUCAACGCUCUCAUGACCUUCCCGCCGAUGUACCUCAUCUCCGAGUCGCGCCUCGGGCGCCGCGGCCUGCUGCUGAGCUCGAGCAGCAGCAUGGCGCUCUCCAGCCUGGCGCUCGGCCUCGGCAUCCUCUAUGCCGUGCCGUGGCUCAGCGCCGUGGCGCUCGUGGCCGUCGUGGCGGGCUUCAGCAUCGGGCUGGGGCCCGUGCCGUUCCUGAUCCUGCCUGAGCUCGUCGAGCCGCGGGUGCGUCUUGUCUGCUGCAUGCGCCGUACAUCGCUCACGUCAUCUCCCAGGCGGCGAGCGCUGCGGCGUCGCUCGGCAUCUCGCUGAACUGGGCGGCGAACUUGGCCAUCGCGUCGCUCUUCCUGCCGCUGCGCAGCUGGUGCGCGCGCCACGACGGCGGCAGCGGCGGCAGCGUUUUCUUCGUCUUUGCCAUCAUCAACGCCGCCACGACGACGUUUGUGGCGCGCCUGUAUCGCUAUGCACCGCCGUCGCCAAGGCGAGAGUAAUGCGAUUAGAGCCAGGCGGGUAUGCUGUGCGGGUCUAGAAGUUGCGGAAGCUACGGAGUGCGCGAUCAUGCCUCGUCGGCGACGCGACUGCUCUCUGGCCCGUCCGGCUUCCUUGACGCAGCGUCCAUGUCCUCUGCCUUUGCCGCCUCAGCUGUUUCUGCCGCACC